AACAAAAUGUUGAUGCAUACAGUGCAUCGUUAUACUUUAUAUUUAGAAUCCUUCUUCAGUUGUAAAUGAUAAAUUAUAUAGAGCAUUGUAUGGGGGUUAGAUAGCAGGGUGAACAUUGAACUAGUGAUGGAUGUAGCAAGUGAUAGCACUUUAGCUGGGGUGAAGAGAGGAGCUUGUGAUUGAUGGGUUAGAGAGUGGUGCAAAUAUAUGGAAAUACAAACAAGUCUAUUUUUGUUACCAAACAUUCCCUGUGCUCUCAUAAGGAAAAAAGAAGCCUGAAAAUGAAGAUGAAGCCAUGCUGGAAAAAGGAAAAACCAAUUGAAUUAGAAAGAAAAAUCAAGUCCAACGAUUCGGCAUACAAUGAAAGCUUUAAUUAUGCAAACAACUACAUCUGUACCUCCAAGUAUACCUGGUACACAUUCCUGCCAAAGAACCUGUUUGAACAGUUUCAGAGGAUAGCCAAUUCUUAUUUCCUUGGCUUACUCAUCCUUCAGCUCAUUCCACCGAUCUCGUCCUUGACUCCAGUCACGACCAUUGUGCCGCUGGCAGUUGUACUUACAAUCACUGCUCUCAAAGAUGCUAUUGAUGACAUACAAAGGCACAGAAGCGAUAACCGGGUCAACAACCGGCUGUCGUCUGUGUUACGUAAUGGGCAGCUCGUGGAGGAGCGCUGGCACAAAGUGGAGGUUGGGGAUAUCAUCAAAAUGGAAAAUAAUCAAUUUGUAGCGGCCGAUUUAUUGCUGCUCUCAACAAGUGAACCAAACAGUCUGUGCUAUAUUGAAACAGCAGAACUAGAUGGGGAAACCAACCUGAAGGUCAGACAGGCUCUGCCAGAGACGGCAGAAAUGGGGAAUGAUAUUGGAGAGCUCAGUAAAUUUGAUGGAGAGCUGACCUGUGAAGCCCCCAACAACAGGCUGAACAAAUACGAGGGCACCCUGAAGUGGAAGGGGGAGGCGUAUUCAGUGGAUAACGACAAGAUCCUCCUCCGUGGUUGUGUACUAAGAAAUACCAUGUGGUGUUAUGGGUUGGUGGUGUUUGCUGGACAAGACACAAAACUCAUGAUGAACUGUGGAGAGAGCAUGUUCAAAAGGACCAAUAUUGAUCGUCUCAUGAAUGUUCUCAUUAUUAGGAUUGUGAUUGCCUUAUGCUGUUUGUGCCUUAUUUGCACGGUGGCAUUUGGUAUCUGGGAGUCGACCACAGGCUUUGACUUCCAGCUCUACUUACCCUGGGAGGACUAUAUCCCGGGGACGUCCCUGGGGACCACGUCUGGCACCAAAGAGGCUGGGGCCACGGUGCUGGCACUCAUGGUUUUCUUCUCAUACGUCAUCAUAUUGAAUACAGUGGUGCCAAUCUCUUUGUAUGUCAGUGUUGAGGUGAUACGUUUUGUGAACAGUUGGUGGAUCAACUGGGACAGGAAGAUGCACCACCCCCAGUCUGACACCCCAGCCAGGGCCAGGACUACCACUCUCAAUGAAGAAUUAGGCCAGAUAGAAUAUAUUUUUUCAGACAAAACUGGGACACUUACACAGAACAUUAUGACAUUUAAUAAAUGUUCUAUCAAUGGGAAAAUGUAUGGCGACCCCUAUGAUCCUGAUGGCAACCCCAUGGAAAUAUGUGAUAGAACAAAAGUUGAUUUUUCUGGAAACCAUAUGUAUGAGGAAUCUUUCGAAUUUCAUGAUGUCCGACUCCUAAAGGCAGUUCAGAAUAAAGAUCCCCACGCAGAUGAAUUUUUCCGUGUUUUGGCUUUGUGUCAUACUGUCAUGUCUGAAGAAAAAGAUGGCAAGUUAGAAUACCAGGCACAGUCUCCUGAUGAGGCGGCACUGGUGUCUGCAGCAAGGAAUUUUGGAUUUGUGUUUAAGACUAGAACUCCCACUACAAUCACCAUUGAAGUGAAUGGGGUGGAGGAAAUCUAUGAACUGUUGUGUAUUUUAGACUUCAACAAUGUCAGGAAAAGAAUGUCUGUGAUCGUGAAAAAAGAUGACAAGAUAAUGCUGAUGUGCAAAGGAGCUGACACCACUGUUUAUGCCCACCUGGAUAAAAACUGUGGAGAUAUUAAAGAACUAACCACUAGUCAUUUAAAUGAGUUUGCUCACAUUGGACUGCGGACCCUGUGCUUGGCAACCAAGGAGAUUGAUUCCAAUUAUUACAAUGAGUGGAAGAAAAAACACCACCGAGCAAGCACGUCAAUGGUAAACAGAGAUGAGAUGUUAGAUGAAGUAUUUGAGGAAAUAGAGCAGAAUCUGACUUUGAUAGGUGCAACAGCUAUUGAAGAUAAACUACAAGAUGGUGUCCCGCAGACCAUUGCAAACCUUGCAUUAGCUGACAUUAAGAUUUGGGUGCUUACUGGGGAUAAACAAGAAACGGCUAUCAACAUUGGGUAUUCCUGCAAGCUGUUGACAGAAGAAAUGGAAGAAGUGUUCGUAGUGGACGGGGAAUCUAAAGAACAAGUUGCCAAACAACUGCAGAAUGCCAAAGACAUGAUGUCUGGGCACUCCAGUGUGGAGGUCGUCUCCUAUGCUGGAACUGCUACUCCAAUGCAGAAUGGAAAUUCAACAGAGGAGUUUGGAGGCUAUGCUCUGGUCAUCAAUGGACACAGCCUGGUAUUUGCCCUACAUAAAGAUAUGGAGCAACUUCUGCUGGAGACAGGUUGUUUAUGCAAAGCAGUGAUCUGUUGCAGGGUCACUCCGCUGCAGAAAGCACUGGUAGUGGAUCUAGUCAAGGUCAAUAAGAAAUCUAUCACUUUAGCAAUAGGAGAUGGGGCCAAUGAUGUUAGCAUGAUUAAAACUGCUCACAUAGGUGUUGGCAUCAGUGGUCAGGAAGGCAUGCAAGCAGUGCUGGCUAGUGAUUUCUCACUGGCUCAGUUCCGGUAUUUGGAGAGACUACUUCUAUGUCAUGGCCGCUGGUCCUACGUCAGGAUGUGCAUAUUUUUACGCUACUUCUUUUACAAGAACUUCACUUUCACAUUUUGUCAUUUCUGGUUUGCAUUCUUCUGUGGAUUUUCUGCACAGACAUUAUAUGACCCAUUCUUCAUCUCAUUGUACAACUUAUGUUACACAUCAAUGCCAGUGUUGGUAAUAGGGAUAUUUGAGCAGGAUGUGAAUGAUAUAUAUUCAAUCAAGUAUCCCAAGCUGUAUGCACCAGGCCUAUCAAACUUACUGUUCAACAAAAAAGUAUUUCUUCACAGUGUGUUUGAGGGAGUGGUUUCUUCACUUCUCCUGUUCUUCAUUCCUUACGGGGCCUUCAACAUGGGGGUGGACCCCACAGGCCAUGACGUGGCCGACUUUCAUACCUACGGAGUCACAGUGGCCUCUAUACUUAUACCUGUAGUGACAUUCCGGUUGGCAAUAGACACACAGUUUUGGUCAGUAUUCAAUCCCAUCAUGACGUUUGGCAGCAUCAUAUUUUAUUUUUGCUCUAUAUUCUUUCUGUACUCUGACAUUUUUGGGAACAACUGGCUCAUUACAACGACAUACACAGGAGCGGCAAGACACACCAUGGCGACAGCCAACUUCUGGUUCUCUCUUGUGCUGGGCAAUGUGGUCUUACUGUUACCUGUGGUAGCCUACAGAUUUUAUAAACAGGAUACAGCACCUACGUUAACUGACAGAGUAAGGCUUAGAACUAAACUGUCCAAGUCAAAAUCAAAAUCAAGAGACCUUGGAUUGAAACUAAGUCGUGCCUCCUUCAAUCGCAGCAGCAAGCAUGGUUCCAUAAGGUCUGGCUAUGCCUUUGCACACCAAGAAGGCUUUGGACAAUUGAUAACAAGUGGAAGCAUUAUGCGGGCAAACAGACCACUAGAUGGAGCCACUCCAAUUCGCCAAAAUAGUGCAGGAAAUGGCACAAAGACAAAGCUUUCUGAUGGCAAUUUGGUUAUGAAUUCUUCUCCUAAAAAUAAUAUUCCCUCCUCUAGUGAAAAUAAUGUGGAACUUGUAGGUUACACUGUUCGUUCUUGAUUUGCUGGUUCUUUUAGGUGUAGAAAAUAACCAGAAUUCAAAGUUUGUUAUUCAACAAAGUUGGAAAAUUAAUUGCCAUCAAAUAAUGAAAAUUGUUUUAUUUUGUUAACUUAGAAUUUGAACCAUGCUUUUAAAAGCAAUUUACUGUCAAGACAAAGGGGUUUUAGAUUUGAUCUAAUAUUACCUUUUGGGGGGUGGGGGGGGGGUUUAAAUUAUUUUGACACAUUGAAAGGAAAUUGUUAGAAUGUUUUUUAUAGUUGCAUUGCUUUUCUCUUGGCAAAAUCAUUGUCACAUCAGAAUCUGUAGCUAUUACAUUUCUCAAACUAUCAUUAAAACAUACUCAAAACAGAACGUCUCUAAUCAAACAAUUAGUAAUUUAAUCUUUAUAUAGUUUGUAACAUUACUUUAAAUGGCAGAUGUCUCAUUGUAAUAUUAACUUCGUUUUUAAUUAGGAUUCUAAUUCAACCAUUGCAGUACACCAUUUAGGAGGCUGUUACAGCAGUCCUCCCCUUUAAAACUCUUCUCAAGUACAUGAGGAGAUUGUUAUAGGUAUUAUUGUAAUAAAUCAUGUUUCUAAGCACACAUAUAGUAAACUGUUAUCAGCAUUAUUUUCUACACCAAGAAGUAACAUCUUUAGUAGAACAGCUGGCAAGAAAUUUUACUGAAUUGAUUAGUGACCUGUGAAGUUUAUACUAAAAAUUUGUUUUAGUCAUUUUUCAUUGGACUAUGUUUGUUGCAGAAUAAGUUCUACUGAGAUGUUACUUCUUUUAAGGUGUGGAAACUCAGGGCCCAAGCCAUUAUUCUUUACUUUAGCACUGUUCUUGUAAUCGAGUUUUCUUUCUUUUCUUUCUUUUUUCCUUUUUUUUUUUUUUUUUGGGGGGGGGGUCAAAAUAUUCCCCAAAUUUUUAUUAAAAUAUCAAAUGUGUAAAUAAGGAGUAAGAAGGAUAAAUAAUUUUGUAUUAUAUUUUUAUGACUACCAAUGCCAAAUACUUGGAUUUCAACUUAUGAUGAUAGAAAAUAAAUAUUUUCACUUUUCUUUUUUUUAAGUCAGAGAUGCGUGUCACUGUUUUUUUAUAUAUAGUCAGAUAGCAGAUGUUACAAGGACUAGAAAAUAUACUAUACAUUGAACCUUAAAAUGGGAUGCAUGUCAAAGUUUGUUGAGUGUCUGUGUUUACCAAGGGCUUUAAUGUGCUUGCUAUUCUAUUGUACUGUUCUGGUAUUGAAGCAACCAACACAGUAACAUACUAUAUAUAUAUUAAGAGUCUGAACCUUAGACCCCAUUCCCACAGAUUUUAGAUCGAUCUAUCCCUGUGGGGAG